AUGAGGCUUCUCCAUAUCUCCCUUACCCUACUGGUUCUGGCUGCCACGGCGCUAGCCGGCAAUGUACUAGAUUUGACCGCCACCAAGGAUUUCGACAAGCACAUUGGCAAAUCUCAGAGCGUGCUCGUCAAAUACUACGCACCAUGGUGUGGACACUGCAAGAACCUAGCCCCCAUCUACGAGAAAGUGGCCGAUGCUUUUGCUGACCAAAAAGACGCUGUAUUGAUCGCUAAGGUGGACGCAGAUAAGAACAAGGAACUUGGCCAAAAGGCCGGCAUUCGAGGAUUCCCGACGCUCAAAUGGUAUCCCGCCGGAUCGACCGAGCCUGAAGAGUUCAACUCGGGCCGCGACCUCGACAGUAUCGCUAAGCUCGUCACUGAAAAGAGCGGAAAGAAAAGCGCCAUCAAGCCUCCCCCUCCUCCCGCAGCUGAGCAGCUCACCAGCCGCAACUUUGACAAGAUCGUGCUUGACCAAGACAAGGAUGUGCUCGUUGAAUUCUACGCUCCCUGGUGUGGUCACUGUAAGAACCUUAACCCUACCUAUCAACAAGUGGCUCAAGACUUUGCCGGUGACGACGACUGCGUCGUUGCGCAAAUGGACGCUGACAACGAAGCCAACAAGCCCAUCGCUCAGCGCUACGGAGUAUCAUCAUACCCCACCCUGAUGUUCUUCCCCAAGGGCGACAAGAGCAAUCCGAAGCCAUACAACGGUGGACGAAGCGAGGAAGAGUUCAUCAAGUUUCUCAACGAAAAGUGCCAAACGUGGCGCAUCAAGGGUGGCCUUCUCUCUGAGCUUGCUGGCCGAAUGCCCACUCUCGACGGCUUUGCUGCUCGUUGGUAUACUUCGUCUACCGACAAGCGCGACACGAUCUACAACGAAUUCAUCGACUAUGUCAACACCAUGAAGACGAGCCCUAAGAGCGACAAGAAGAAGAACGACGUGGGCGAUGUCUACCUGCGUGUACUCGAAAAGGCCAGCAAGAGCGCUGGCUACAUUGAGAAGGAGACCAAGCGUCUGAGCACCAUUCUCAAGAAGCACGCCGAUGGCACCAGCCAGCUUGCGGCCAAGAAGGUUGACGAGCUUACCAAGAAGAAGAAUGUUUUGCUCGCCUUUGUCAAUGAGCGUAUCGCUGCACAGGCCGAAAAGCAGAAGAAGGAAGCCGAAAAGCGAAAGGAGGAGCACAAGGACGAACUUUAG